AUUCCCUUCAUUCGCCGCCGGCUGCGACUCCUUGGCAUAGCAGCAACGAAAAGUCAGUAACCGUCACAGAUAACGUACUGGCAGCAUACAUCAGAGGUCACGAUCUCCUCGCGGUGCCGACGAGCAGCAACACGUCUCGUGUUAUCUCCAUCACACCAACGGACGUAGUCUCAGGCUCAACUGCUGAAUCUCCGGACGCAUUCGCACUUCGACCGUCUGUGUACAUUCCCUUGCGCCGACAUGGAAGAAGGUGCAUCGACGAGGACCGCCGCCUCCGGAGCGUCAUCUCAGGAUGACCCGGCUCCGCGGUUGCCCACCGAGAUCUGCGGACGGAUCGUCGACCAUGUAGCAGCGGAACUGAAUCUCUAUCACCGCUAUCUGGUUGGGAAUUCAGACCUCCUGGCUCUUCGAUCGUGCGCACUGGUAUGCAGGGAUUGGUACUUUCACACCUGGUACCAUCUCCGUCGCCGUGUUAUCCUCCGUGACCGGAACGAUGUCCGUUCACUUUCCAGGACACUCCGCGAGAGACCACGCCUCCGCGGUAUCGUUCAACAGAUCGUCAUCUCAGGUCAAAUAUCUGGCCAGCGUUCAUUGAUUCAACAACUCGGAACAUUUGCCGCCAUGCUUGCCGGGAAGCUCCCGGAGCUGUCGAGGAUCAGUAUCGAGGACGCGGAAUGGCCCGUUGGCUUGAUGAGGGUGGAAGACUUCGGAUAUCUCGCCGCAUUUGACCUCGUCCACACGUUAACCAUCGCCGACGUCACCGUGUCGAGCAUCGCCCACCUCGCCCGCCUCAUCUCAGCACUCCCUGCCUUGAGAGAACUAUAUUGCUUCAAUGUCGUCUGCUCACAGAAACACCCAGUCUCUCCUGUCUCUCUCCCGCUCAAUUCUGCAAGCCUGAAGGUCCUCGAAGUGCGAUGGGUCGCGCCUGCGGUUGAAGACCUACUCGUUCGGAUCAGCCAGGCUUCCCGGCUACACACGCUCUCUUUCGGAGUUGACGGUGACUUCACCUCAUCCUCCGCAGGAAGCAGAACUCAAGCUUUAUUGGAUGCAAGUGCGGCCUCGGUGGAAGUCCUCACGCUCUGGAUUGCUCCCGCCUCCUCCGUGGACAGUCACACUGUUGAUUCCACUGUAGAACGACACUUCAACCUGUCACGCCAUGAAGGGCUGUGGCUAUUGCAGAUUCACCUGUACCAUCCCUUUGUUGAAUGGUCCUGUAUUCCUCAUAUCGUGUCUCGCAUCCCUUCAGAUCAUCUCAUGGCCAUUUUUGUUUCGUUUGCAACUCGUGCAGAUCAUGCAGCCGCCGACUUGGAUGGGGCGGUGACGAUGAUGGAGGAAGAUGGUAUCUUGGUGCGAUUGGACGAUAUAUUGCAAGCAGAGGGCUUCGCCAAUAUCGCACCGGGCGGUAUAUGCCUAGGCUUCGUUCAUGAUGGCGAUGACUGGCUGCCGCUUGUCAAGUUGUUUGAUUCAGAAUCAUCAUUCAGAGAGCAGUGUGGCCGGUGGGACGGGCUCGUUAGACGGAAGAUGCCGGGGUGCGAUAGACGGGGCAUGUGCACCAUCGUUUAUAGUAUCGAAGAGCACGAGAACUGGAGGAAUAACAUGGUUGAAAUCCAAGAAGCGACACAACAACAGAAGGCCAAAACCGGAGUAGAGGUGCAGCGAGAGGACGACGCUGAGCAUGCGCCGGACACGUCAGGCUGACUGUCCUCAU